GGGGAGGCACCGGAAGGCGCCCGGCGCUGAUUCAUUGCAAUAAAUUGUUCCCGGCGCGGUGAGGUUCGGACAUCGCCGCCCGAGCAGGAGCAGGAGCAGGAGCGGGAGCGGGAGCCGGAGCCAGAGCCACAACCAGAGCAGGAGCCAGGAUCGCAACCGGAGAGGGAGGAUGAAGAUGCAAGCUGAGGUGAUCCGCGAAGGCGAGCUGGAGAAGCGGAGCGACAGCCUUUUCCAGCUGUGGAAGAAGAAGCUGGUGGUGCUGACCAAGGACAGCCUCAGCCUUUUCCCCGACGGGCACAAGCGGGCCAAGGGCAAGGAGCUAGGCUUCGGCUCCAUCCUCAAGGUGGACUGCGUGGAGCGCACGGGCAAGUACAUCUACUUCACCAUCGUCACCAAGGACCGCAAGGAGAUUGACUUUCGGUGCCCGGACCAGAGCUGCUGGAACGCCUCCAUCACCAUGGCCCUUAUCGAUUUCCAGAACAAACGGGCCAUACAGGACUUCAAGAGCCGCCAGGAACUGGAGCAGGCGGCGGGGGCCCAAGAGCGGCGGCUGGCCCGGGCACCCUGAGCCGCCCCCCGGCCGGCCCGGCCCGGCCUGGUUCCAGAGCAUACCACUGGAUGAUAAACCAGAUCAAGUGUCUUGGACUGAAAUGGGACAGGGUACCAAUGAAGGAAAGCGAAGAAGAGCGCUGGAAGCAGCUUGGUUUUUCUCCCAAGCCCGUUGAGGCAGCAGAGCAAAGAGCCCUGAGCUUUGCCUGAGAUGCAUUUAAAGACAAACCAAAGACUUUGGUAAAGGACUUCUGAGCGAAGCGCCCACGUGCCCGGAGCGGCACAGCUUCACCAAACAUUAUCUUCUAUUUAUGAGACAAGAGGAAGAUUCCACACUGACUGGUGGUGUUAAACAUAGUUUAAAUUAUUUGUAGUAUCUAUAUUUGUAUUUAUUUUGAGGAAUGUCUUUCAGCAGUUACUGGUCUUAAUAUUGCUUUUGCAUUAAUAUGUCCAUUCCAAAUAAAUUACUUGAAAUGUUCA